AUGUCCUUCCUCUCGGGCAACACCAAAAAGGUGUCGGUGUACGGCCGCAAAGCGGAAGUCAGGGUCGUAAACCGACAGAGCACCUUCAUCUCACUCGAGAAGGAUGAGAAUGACCCUUUCGGCUUUUUCAAGCCACAAACGAAACCAAGGGCCACCUAUGGCAGAUCCAGAGCCUCCGUGCUGCCAUCCACAUUACGUCUGAAACAUGACGAGCCGGACGACGAGACUUUCGACCACCUUUCAGCAACCAACCAAAGCUCAGCACCCCAGACUUGCGACUCUAGCUCUUCCUCUCAGCCAGCUUCCAGCUCUCCUACCGCUUCUUCACCCAGUUACAUCCGCUCCUCACCUGUCAAAAAGGACAAACAUAGUCGGCGGAAAAGGGAUGUGCUCUCCGACAAGAUCUUCAACGAAGAUGACGCGGUGGCCGCCAAAUCACUUGUUCAUUCCAGCCCCAACAAGGCUGCUACAAAAGCCCCCGCCAAAAGUGCUGUUGACGCAACCCCUAAGCAACGUCGGAGCAAGACCAGUAAGGAUGCCGUCGACGACCCUCCAACGUUCCGAAAGUCGACCGCAGUCACAGCACCCACAUUCGCUGUGCCCAGUUUGCCAACCGGAUCGACGUCACCAGCAACUCAGCCAGCUGGCAGAACGUCACGGCGAGCGGCUCAAGCGGCACGUAUGGCCAUCCAAGACUAUGACUUCACCGACAGAGACAUGACACCUCGUCGUCCGGUUCCCACCAAGUCGUAUUUUGCUGAGAAGGCUCGACAGCUGGCCCAACUCUCGAUCGAAGAGAAGGGUCAGCACUUUCAGCAGCAGAAUCAAUGCCCAAGUCCACGCAAGACAGCAACCAACGCAGCUCGCAAACCCCCUCGAAGGUCCACAGUCUCGAGACCACGGCACACAACUACCCGGAGAUCGGCACCGUCAUCUGCCAUUGCUGUUUCGGACUCAUCGCUAUCCUCGUGCAAUGGUAUUUCAGACUCAUCUUUUGACGCUGGAGGCACCAGCCAGUCGUCUUUCAGCCUGGUCGGCACCAGCAGUGAUGACUCCUUUGUAGGGAUGAGUAACAAAUCGACCUCUGUGACAAAGGCCAAAGCUAGGCAGAAUCAGCGCGUUACCCGCCGUAUCGCUGCAACCAGUGAUGACGAGGAUGACGAGCCCGAAAAGCAAGCUUCAGAUGACCAAGAUCCUACCCUUCAACUCGCUGCUCAAGUCGCUGAUCUAGACGUGUCGGGCGGUGACGAGGCGACCUCAACUGAAGACCACCUCUCUGAUCUGCUCGCUUCCGUCUCUCAGACCAAGCCAAAAUCCUUCGCGGACGUCGUCCAACAGUUGCGCUCAAGCUCGACCUCUACCAAAGCGACUCCUCUGUGCCGACGAGUGGAAAAGAUUGGCGAAGCAAGCUAUAGCGAGGUCUUCAAGAUCUCCGCAUCAUGCCGAGCCGACGAGGAUGGUCAAGAGGCAGUUGUGCUCAAGAUCAUUCCCAUCUCAGCGCCGACUUGCGCUCAAACUAGCAGCAACGUCAAAAAUGACGAGUUGCCAUCCACUUCAUCCGCUGCCGACGUUGAACGAGAGAUCCGCCUAAUGCAGCUCGUUGGACGCGAGUUGCGUGCCUCGGACUCGUUUGUCUCGCUUCGUGCGGCGCAUGUCGUGCGAGGGGCGUAUCCAGCCGCUCUGCUGCAAGCUUGGGACCGAUGGGACGCCAAACGCCGUGCAAAGACUGGUGAAGGCGCAGAAAACGUUCGACCUCACGUUCUGGGUCGUCAACAAGUUUAUGCUGUGCUUGUCAUGACCGACGGCGGAACGGAUCUGGAGAGUCUCAGGAUCAAGUCUUGGCUGCAAGCAGCUUCGAUUUUUUGGCAGGUCGUCGGCGGGCUGGGCACAAUGGAGGCGAAGUACGAGUUUGAGCACCGCGAUUUGCAUUGGGGCAACAUCCUCGUUCAGGCUGUUGUGCAGGAUGCAUGCGCCGAGACUCGCGUCGAGGACAAGGUAUCAAGUUGGCUACUCAACCCGAGCGUUUCUGGAGUAAAGGCUACGGUGAUCGACUUUACCCUCUCGCGUGCUUGCACGACGUCGGGUGCCACCAACACCAAAAGCAGGUCUAAGAAGACCGAGGUGUUGUACUACCCCUUCGACGACGAGUCGCUCUUUCAAGGUUCGGGUGAUACGCAAUUCGAAGUCUAUCGCGAGAUGCGAAUCGCCACGCAGGGCUCGUGGCAAGCCUACUGCCCCACGACUAACGUGCUCUGGCUGCGAUACCUUGCGCAUAAACUCGUCCAUGUCAAGUGCAAAUCGCACAAGAUACCCAAAGCAUCGAACGAUCUCGACGCGCAGCGUGAACUGCGAGCGUACACGGUACUGCAAAAUGCAGUGACUGAGUUGGACGAUGCAGUGCAGAAGCUGCUGAAGCGUGCGACUGGAUCAAGGAGGUUAGCGACGGGAGCAAGCAGGUCGCUUCAUCCCAGGACGGCUAGGUCUGCUCUUCCGUCAUCAGCGGCAGGUGGAGCCAGGAAAGGAAGGGCAACCAUGGCGGUGACCCCGCCGUUGAAUGCGUUGGAUGAAGAAACGACUCUGGAAUCCGCGGCUCAACUCAAGGCAUACUUGGAUUAA